AUGGAGAACCGGACUCGGGUCCGGUGUCCGGAGAAUGAAGAACUUGCGUCGUUCAUGUGGAACAAGUGGAAAGAAAUGGCUGCGCAACCCAAAGGUCUUUCCGAAAACAAGGCAAUGACACUUUGUAAAGCUCGUUUCAAUGUCUUGAUUGGUUUAAGACUGGGUUUUGUGGCGUUUCAAUCUAAUAAUGCUGUCUUUUUUUUUUUGGAAUUGUGUGUUAGUGGUGCGGGGAAAAUGAUAUACAGGCCGAUGCAGGGUUUUUUUGGGACCGGUUCUGGAGGUAUUGAACUAGGGACCAGUUCUGGAGGCACUGAACAAGCUGACUUGACCAAAAAGGGAAAUAGGAAAUAA